GUUUGUGAGUGGGAGUGUGUGUGCGUGUUUGGACUGUAAAUGUUUAUUUAAGGCAUUUAUAUAUUUUGUUUAUACAGCCGUCUUAUUUUGAUAAUCUAAUGCAAUCGCUACGAUAAAUACAGAACUGCAUCGCAAUGCUUCUGCGUGUGCCGCUUUUGCUGGCGCGUUUCUUGCACAAUAGCAGACUGCGGCUGAUCUUUCUGGCACUGAUUGUGCUCCUCGUGGGCGGCAUACUACUCAGCUACAGAUGGCAAACGGAUGUGCAGCUCUGUUUCAUGGACAGCAACCAAACGGACACCACACUGGCGACAGCAUCGGCAAUGUCAGUGUUGCAAUUACCACGAAUACUGGAUAAUGUUCUAUUGACGGAUCCCAAGCCAAUACCCGGACGAAGCAUAUUCUUUCACGAGACCAGCUGUCACCGGCCGAAGCGCAGAAGGCAGCGUCCGGGCCAAAGGCCCAACACACAAUACAACAUGCUGCAGUUGACGGCUCGCCAAGCGUGCGCCAUUGAAUCCGCCGCCUUGCAUAAUCCGAAUUUUCAAGUGUUCGUUUUGUUCGCUGGACCCACCUAUCGUUACCACGGCAACAGCAGUAUUGGCCAACGCCAUCAGCCGAUCAUCGAUGCCAUUCUCAGCUACAAGAAUAUACAGCUGCGUCAGUUAAAUCUUUGGAGCUAUGCGGCCGGCACACCCAUCGAGGAGUGGCUUAAGGAUGGCCAACUGUUUCGCUCAAGCUAUCUUUUCUCGCACAUAUCGGAUUUUCUGAGAUUCCUAACGCUGUAUCGCUAUGGCGGCAUCUAUCUGGACAUGGAUGUGGUAAUGUUGCGCAGCAUGGAGGAUGUGCCGCCCAACUUUACAGGCGCCGAGUCCAAUACACAUUUGGCCGCUGGUGUCAUGAGUUUGGCGCCCACUGGCUUUGGUCACGAGAUUGCCGAGGCCUGUCUGCGUGACUUUCAGCAAAAUUUCGAUGGCAGCGAUUGGGGCAACAAUGGACCGGGUGUCAUUACGCGUGUCGCACAACAUAUAUGUGGCACCAAGGACAUCUCACUGAUGCUGGAGGAUCGCAAACGUUGCCUCGGCUUCAAGGUGUUCGAACGCAAUGCAUUCUAUGCCGUGCCGUGGAAGCAUUGGCGGCACUUCUUUGAGCCACAACUGUUGGAGCAGACGCUGGCCCACACGAAGGACUCGUAUUUGGUGCACGUGUGGAACAAGCAUUCCAAGCAGUUGGCCAUCAAGGUGGGCUCGAGCACCGCCUAUGGCAAGUAUGCGGAACAGCAUUGCCCCAAAUCGUAUGCGGCUGCUGGUGAAUAUUUUUAGCAAGUAAUUUUUCACUCUUGAACAUACCAAAGAUUAAGAGCGACCCUAGGGAGAAUUUACUCACAUCAAUUUAAUUCGCUAUUAUUGUUAUUAUUUGUUUGUAAGUAACAUUGCCCUCAUUCCGAAAUCAAUACAAUUUAUCCGCAUUUAACACUAAAAAUAAGUGAGUUGUUGGCAGGAGCAGCAACAAAGUUACAAUCCCAUUAUUUAAAUAUUUAUAUUUAAUUUGUCGCCUCUGUGGCUUAACAUAAAUGGUUGUUGUUGCAUAUGCAACAUUUUUGCUGUUUAGUUUAGCUGCAGUAGCCAGCGUUUAGCCAGCUCUCUUUGUGCAGCGCUCACUCUCUCGAAAAUGGGCGCUCGCUAGGACGCCGGCUUCUGCAGCUUGUUAUUAUUCCUUGUUUGCUUAUCUAGCUUAUCGAUCGUGAGUUACAAUUGUGUUGAAAGUUUAGCUAUUCGCUUCGAAUAGACAAAAACAAAGUGUUGUUAAAAAAGAGUAAGCUCUGGCUUCUAGUCUUGUGUUAUUGGAUAACAAAGCUGUCAAAAAGCUGAUAGAGCAAACAUGAGUAAUUAUUGCAAUAUUUUCACAUUUCUUCAAACGCUUUCACUGUAUUCUCUGUUUAUUUUAUUUUUAUUUGUAACAAUUGUCAAGUGUUAUAAACAUAUUCACGUUUGGGCAAACGAACGAUCUAACUUUAAUUAACUGUGUGUGUGUUACGAAUAUUUACAUAUGUAAAAACGAAUAAUAUCGAUUAGCAUAUUUGUAUGCGCAUAGAAAUAAGAAAUCUAUAUCUUCGGCUCACCAAAGAUUCAAUACCUUUGCAGACAAUUCGAUCCGAUCUGAAUCUAGAAAAAAUCGAUUUUGCCAGGGCAAAUUUGAAAUCAUUUUCUGCCCGCGAGAUACAAUUUAAUCAAUUCAGUAAAAAUGUAGCUUUUAUUUGCUACACAAUUUGAAGAUUGUAUAAAAUGUUCCAUUCCCACCACUUUGUGUAGCUUUAACAUUAUAUCGUAUACUCCAUAUCACGUGCACUUCGUAUCGAAAUUAUCAUAACUUUUUGCAAGGGUAUUUAAAUUGAAACAUGUUUGUGACUGUCCCAUUUAAUGGUAUUUUAAUAGCUUAUACAUAUUAAAAUAACACGAAAUGUGUACACGAAUAACCUAAAUGUAUACAAAAUUCAAAUCUCGCUACUAAAAUGAAUGGCCAGCACAUGUCUUAGGCCAUAUAUUAAUUAUUUUUCUGUAUCCAUGUCUAAAAUAGUUUUCUAUGGAUGUAUACAAACAUUUAUAUAUGUACAACAUUACAAAUAUAUCAUUGGAAAUCUGUGAAACUGAAA